CAGAGAUGACUGCAGGUUCAGGUAUUGACCGCAAACAUACUGUUGAGGACGACACAAUGAACAGUUGGGUUUCAGUAUUAGGUUAGAAAAGAGGCACUUUGUUUGUUUGUUCUCUCUCUCCCUUCUGAUUUCAUUUUAAUUUUUUUUUUUUUAUCAUUCGGGGAUAGUUUGGCUUCCCACUUUUUAUUCGGAGCCGGAGGGUUUUUGUCAUCAUGCGGAGAUUAGCAGCCGCGAUCUUCCUGCUGUCGCUUCUUGAAGGGUCGGUGUGUAUUCAGGUGAAUGUUCCUAAGCAGGAGCGCAGCACGACUCUGUUUGCCUCAAUCACCCUCCGUUGUGACUACUCCACCUCUGCAAACCUCCAAGAUGUUCUGGUCACCUGGAGGUUCAAGUCCUUCUGCAAGGACCCCGUGCUGGAGUACUACUCCACAGCGUACCAGGCUGCACUACAGUUGGGACAGGACCCAGCGAAUGACUGUCCAGACCGCCAGCGGACGGUGCGCACAGUGAUCCAGAAGAGAGGGAGCAGCGAGCCGACGCUGGGAGCAGAGUACCGGGAACGCAAGAUCACCAUCCAAAAUAACGCUGACCUGGUGAUCACUGAGGUGAUGUGGUGGGACAACGGGGUGUACUACUGCUCCGUCGAUGCUGCUGGAGACACGUCCGGAGAUUCUGACAAAGAAAUCAAACUCAUCGUUUACAACUGGUUAACAGUGUUGUUCAUUGUCAUCGGCGCCCUCCUUCUGAUCCUCCUCUUCUGUAUCUGCUGCUGCCAGUGCUGCCCUCAGAGAUGCUGCUGCUAUAUUCGCUGUCCCUGCUGCCCAGAGCAGUGCUGCUGUCCUGAAAAAGCGGUGAUGCAGCAUCGUAUGAUGAAGGACGCUCAGAGGGCCAUGGUGCCCUGGUUAGGAGGACAGCAGGUGUAUGGACCCUCCUCCCAGAUGAACCCCCUGCUCUACUCAGGAUCUGCUUCAGGGAAGAGCUACCCGAUGAAGCCCAUGCCCCUCCCUCCUCCUCAGCCUUCAGCUUACAGCAUGCCCGCUCCCAGUGUCCACGGCUCACACACCCCGGCCAACACCAAUCACAUGCUUGAUUACCUGGAGAGCCAGGUGAGGGGGAUGGACAUGGCCAGUCCUAUGCUACAGUCCCAGCCUCCUCCUCCCCAGCAUGUGCAGCACAUGCAACACAUGCAACACAUGCAACACAUGCAACACAUGCAACACAUGCAGAACAUGCAGAACAUGCAGCAGAUGCCACCCCCUUCCCAGCACAUGCCCGUCAACGCCCCGUUUUCCCCCGGCCCUCCUAGCAUGAUCUCUGCUCUCGAUGAUGGCCCAACAGAGCGUCGUGUCAUCACACUUCCACCCAUAAGAGACCAGCCGCCGGCCAGAAUCCCACCCGCUGCCCCCAAGACUCGGCCCCCGAGCUCCAGCGAGAGCAGCCGCAGCGGCUUUCGAGAGACGUCGGCCAGGCGUUACCCCUCCCCCUCCCGGUCUAGAGGUGUUCUCAGGAGCUACAGCGAGGAGUUUCUAGAUGGGCAACGUCCCAGAGGAGGCAUGGACCGCCCCCACUCCCGCUCCAGGGACGACCUGUUUGACAGCAGGUCCAGAGGAAACUACUCUCCCCCAGCAUCACGGCGCUCCGGAGGAGGGUCCUGGAGCUCUGAUGAUGAGGACAGCAGCAGGAGAGGAGGAGGAGGAGGUGGAGGUAGGAGAGGAGGUGGAGGCGGAGGCUGGGGGGAAAAACCUCCCAGCUACUCGGAGUACGAGCCUGGACAGAAGCCAGGAGCACGGAGGAACGAACGCUACUCUGGCAAGAGUUCUCGCAGUGGCACCAGCAUCAUCAUCUGAGCCCUCCAGCUGUGAAACGCCAUGCAACCUCUGUUUCAGAGAACACGAACACCUCACUGUAACUUAAAUGCCAACAUCUUUUAUGAAUUGAAAUGAAAUAUGAAUGUUCUUUUAUCAUGUUUUUAUCAGUGAAAAGCUGGCAGAAGGAUUGAUAAAAUGUGAGAUUUAAUGUGUCCAUCAAAGUGUGAAGGCUGAAAAGCAAAUGCCAAUGUGGAAACCUAUUUGGUAGCCUAUAUAUGGUUUGUUGUUUCAUUAGAUAUUGAUGUAAGACAGUCUUUACAACUGAACAGAUUUUUAUGAUAAUACCCCCCCUCUGCUGGUUCAUCAGUGAAAAAGAAAUCUGCAGACGAGAUUGGGACUAAAAACCUGUAAAAUGAUUCUGUGCCUUUUUUAAUGGAUGUUUCUUCUCCUAAAGCUCUUUAUUUGGCAGGAACACAGUUAAUUCUUAUUGAUAAAGCCAUAAAACAUAAAGUGCGGAAGAAAUGAUGCCCAGGGCCAGUAAACAAAUUGCAAUUGUAACAUUAUAACUAUUUAAACCCACAUAAAUAUGAAUAGACUCUUGUGAAUGCUGGAAUUAGUUUUAAGCUUUUUAUGAUCUUUGUAAAUAGUUAUUUUUCAUAUCUCAAGGAUGUCUUGAAGUGACUUUCGUGUAAUAGGUUUUGAAGGAAAAGGUGUGUGCCAUUAGCCUGUGUUCAGAUAAUGAUGAAUGGUUUCUAAACCUUUUGUACAUAAGAUAACAUUACGUUUUUACACUUGCUUAUAAGUAACUGUAAACACUGUGUGUAACUAAGUAUUUUACAUGGUUUUGACACAACAAAUGAAGUAAAGUUUUUUUUUUGCUCUUAAGA